CACUGUCUGCACCAAUGACAUAAUAAGUAUAGACCGGCCCUCCAUACACACGAAAAAAAUGUAAAAUGUCGAUGUACGUUUGAGUCGAUUACGAUUUACGAGUGAGUCUCAAAUACUACAUCUCGUAUGUAGUAUGAACAUCAAAGUCGUAAAAUUGUGCGUCUAAAUCAUACAAUAAACGGCUGAGUGAACCAUUGGUUUUGCGCAACGUAGUCCAGUCUAUACUUACUAUGUCGUUGGUCUGCGCAUGACAAGUGUUACCAUAAGUGACAAUUAAAAUUCAAAGCAAACAGAAAAAAAUGGCUGAAGCUUCCGAAGACGUUCUAAAAUUUGUUCUUCUUGUGGAACAGCACAUUGAUGUGCUCCUAAAAUCCCAGACUGUUUCUAAUAAAGAGAAAAAGAAAGCAGCUGCGGCUUCUAUUAUUCAAAAGUGGGAGCAGAUUUCUAAAGUAAAAUCGACUGAUGCGAGCCUGCUCAAAAAAAUCAGCAACCUAAAAACACGAGCGAAAGCAGCACAAAAAAGUGGCAAACCAAUGAAUGACUGGCAAAUCAAAAUAUUGCGAAUCACGAGUGAUGACCUACAACAAGACGCACCGAGCUCAUCAAACAAUCAAAUUGAUAGCCAUGAGCACGAUGACAGUUCUUCGGAACCGCCGAUUGAAGAAAUGAAUGUCGAACAAAUCUUGAACCAGUUUGAAACAGAUCAGACAAAGUCAUUGAGCAUUGAACAACUGCAACGUCUCGUGCUUUUACAAAAAUUACACGUCCUUACGCUCCAAAGAUCAAGAUUGGAAAACUUGAACAGUAUUGAGAGCGCGAAGAGUCUCACUAUUGAUUAUAUCGGAUUCGACGACGCAUUAAUCGACGACCCUGAACAAGCAAACACAACCAUUGCAGACACGUAGUGUGUGAAACUAUUUACAUUUGGGUCGUACCAAUGUAACCAAUUUUUUGUAUAAUAAAUUAAUUUGAAAUUUGCGCCAAUAAAAU